AUGAGCACUGACUGGCUGUCCGCGUUUGGCACCGGGGGCUUCCCCGACGAGCCCUCGCUGAUGGAGGAGCUUGACAUCAACCUGCCUCACGUAUGGGACAAGUCGCUUGCCGUCCUGAACCCUUUCCACAAGUUCUCGCCGGACCACCCGAAGGACGCGCAUAUGAUGGACGACACGGACCUUGCGGGUCCGCUGCUCUUUUGCUUUGUGUUUGGAAUGCUGCUGCUGCUGGCCGGCAAGUCGCAGUUUGGAUACGUGUACGGUGUGGGCCUGAUGGGUGUCGUGUCGGUCUACCUCCUUCUGAACCUCAUGUCGGAAGGCGGUAUCGAUGCAUCGCGCGUCACGAGCGUGCUGGGGUACUGCCUUUUGCCGCUGUGCCUGCUUAGUGCAGUGAACGUGUUCCUCCGUCUCAACGGCGUGUUUGGCUACAUCGUGUCUCCCCUGUUUAUCCUGUGGUGCAGCACUUCCGCGUCGGGGAUCUUUGUCUCGAUCCUCGGCAUGCACAACCAGCGCUUCCUUGUGGCUUACCCGGUCGCACUGUUCUACGCGUGCUUCGCCAUGCUGAGCGUAUUCGAUGUCGGUGCAGGCAAGAAGUAG